CCUCAACUAACUUCACUUUAUCGUCAACUUAUCUGCUUAUCACUUAUCAUUAUCAUCAUCAUUAUUCGGCCGACCCCAUCCCGCGCCUCAUUCAACAUUUACACUAAACCCGGCCGAAUCUUAUUAGAACCAACACCGAAUUUACUAACUUGAUUCUCCUGCAUUUGUUAACUACAUCCGGAUUGGUCGCGAAGAUGAUACCCGCCGACCUCUACGCUAGUGAAGACAGGUAGUCAGCCGAUCAUUCACUCAUUUUACUCAGUUAACCUACCCUCCCUACCUAGGUAGGUAGCUAUCUAGACCUAGGUAGUUACUUAGAUACCCUGUCUAAUUCAUUUCAAUUCCAUUUCAAUUCCAUCCAAUCGGUUUCAGUCCAGACAGACAUCCAGACAAAGUUGACAGAUAAGGACGGACCAGAUGAGUUCCGACUCUCCCCUGUCCUUGUCGGCAUCCCCGUCGCCGUCGACCAUCCCGCAGACCCUCUGGGACCUGCAGGUCCCGCUUCUCAUCACCCACUCCGGAGCCGGCGGGCCGCCGCUCGUUACUCAAGUGCCGCGCCUGAGCUACUUGGCGUUACUGUUACCGCGCUUGUCGUCUUACUUCCGUCUACCAUGUUCCAGUUUCCAUCAUGAGGGUGUGUUGUUGCGUAAUCUAGCUGUUGGCCUGCUUGUCGAUCUAUACCAGCCCACCUUGCCCUGGCGGUUAACUGUUGGCGACGGUUUGGGGUGGGAUAUUGGGGACACGUUUUUGAAUAGCGCUAAGGAGGCAGACUUCGUGCGUAAUGGAAAUGCGCAUCAGAUAAUGUCCUUAUCUAAAGACCACACAACUACACUAUGGAACGCGGUAAAAGACAACGACUACCAGUCUUUCGCUAGGGUAAACUCGCGCCUUCUAAAUACAUCACGCGAGCUACGCAACGUACCCUUCCGUAUAUACAUCCCACAAUCGCCGGAUGACCCCACCGCGAGCGCAGGUCCCGACGGUCAAGCGGGGUCUUUCAAGGUCGUACAAUCUCUUGUGCAGCCCCGUGUCAAUGAGCGAACCCCCCAAACCCUAGGCACAGCCCUGCGCACACUCCUCCCACGUUUAUUCCCCAGUAGUCGGGACCCAGUACUCGCCGACGCCAUCCUCCACGGCGCUCGCGUCCCUUUCGCCGCUCCGCUCGAGGAGUUAAUGCGCGAAGCCGCGUAUCCCGAUGGUUGGCUAUGCCUAGUCGUUCGGCCCCUUGACGUGUAACUUCCCAACCUCUCCCUUUUUUCCCUUUGUAGCACAGGUCCGGGGGUUGCUGUAUGGUUACCUAGAUAACGAACGUAUGAACGCCUCACGGAGUGUCGUCCGUAGAUAGAUUUCAUAGGACGGUGUCCUUUUCCGAUGUUUGCAAGGCUGCCUGUACCUACAUAGGAACACACAUAAUUAACAAUCCAAUCAUCCGUCUAGCGACUAUGCGAGGACGGGAAUAUACCGAAAAAUUUUUUCUCACUUCCCCUCCCCCCUCUCUUAUGAAAAAAAAGGGGGGAAACACAGCAGAAAAUGCUCAGCAGCCAAGCCGCCUUAAAAAUCCAGUUUGCGUUACCCCCUACGUGCAUAUAAUACCCUCAUGUCCUACCCUCCCCUCGGCGUCGUCGUUUCACAGAUGUCUUGGGCCUGUUUUUUUUUUUUAUUUGCUUGUUUGUGCCGCACACAAUUGCCACGCGAUCCGAUUGCCUGCGCUGCUCGCUCCGGCUUAUGUGGCGUCGUGGCCGUUGAAUUCGGGCGUUCCGCUUUGCAUGGAUAGCUGUUGAAAAAAAAUUAAAAAAUCGUAGUCCUUG